AUGUCGUGGAGAACCAAGUUACCGUUGCGACGGAUAGUAGCAGGAAUUACAAGUACUGCGAUAGUAUCUUUCGUAGCCUACAAGUAUGGCAGAUACCAAGUAUUGACAAACCCACCACCUCACUCAUUUCCAAAAUCAUCAACCACAAAACUAACUUCACUUGAACCGCCUGAAUACUGUCAAGACAUACCGCGUGUGAUUCCGGAGAUCACUAAACUCGGUAUUGAAGUGGUUAAUAGUAAACCAGAAAUUGAGCACCACACGGGGAACGAAUUUACAACACAUAAGCCAUUGGAGAAUGAAGUGCCGCUUUAUGUUGUUUACCCGAAGACGACCGAGGAAGUCUCUCAAGUAUUGAAAAUUUGCAAUAGGGAGUUGGUGCCUGUGGUUCCAUUUUCUGGAGGUACAAGUCUUGAAGGACAUUUCCACUCAACGCGGAGAGGAAUUGUUGUGGACACUUCACGUAUGAACAAAGUGCUAGCUAUAAAUGACGAUGAUUUGGAUGUGGUUGUACAGUGCGGUGUUAACUGGCAGAGGUUGAAUGAGGAUUUAGAACCAUAUGGGUUAAUGUUUGGCACCGAUUGUGGGCCACUGGGGUUGAUUUCGGGGAUGAUUGCAACAAACGCGUCGGGAGUGAAUGCGUCUCGGUAUGGGGCAAUGACGGCUAAUGUGAUUUCUGUGACUGCUGUGUUGGCAGAUGGUACUAUUGUAAAGACUCGACAAAGGCCGAGAAAGACCUCGGCAGGGUACAACUUGACAAGCUUGUUUGUUGGAAGUGAAGGCACAUUGGGGAUUGUUACUGAGGCAGUUGUCAAAGUUUACCCGAAACCCAAGAGUGAGACGGUUGUUGUGGUACAAUUCCCCCUGAUAUCGCAUGCUACAAAGACGGUAGCUCAAGUAUUCCGGCUGGGUAUACAACCAUCAGCAAUCGAGUUGCUUGACGCAGAUAUGAUGCAUUGUUUAAACUACGGCGAAUUCACAACUGAAAAGAUGUUAGAGGCACCGACGAUUUUCUUCAAACUAGGUGGAAUCAAUGACGUGGUUGUUAAAGAGAAUGUCAAAAUCUUGAAAACGAUAACCCAGGCCAAUGAAGCGGCUAAUUUCAAAUUCGCCAAAAACAAAGAAGAACAAGAGGAACUAUUUUCAGCUAGGAAAAAUGCAUUCUAUGCCAUGAUCAACUGGGGUCGAAAUGAGAUUGAUGAAGAUGUACGCAUAUGGGUCACUGAUAUUGCUGUUCCGUUAUCGCGCUUAUCCCUUGUAUUGGACCAGAUUAACGACUGGAUUAAAAACUCACCUUUUGAGUCCAUAAUUUUGGCCCAUGCCGGGGACGGAAACUUCCAUGCUGAUAUCUUCUACAAAGCUGAGCAAAGACCCGAAGUUGAGGUGAUUGUCAAUCGGAUGAUUCAAUUGGGAAUUGAUAAUGAUGGGACUGCUACGGGUGAACAUGGAAUUGGCAAUGCUAAGCGUAGAUUUUUGCAGUUAGAGUUGGGCGAGGACACUAUUGAUAUGAUGAGAAAGAUUAAAAUGGCGUUGGAUCCAAAUAGAAUUUUGAAUCCUGACAAGAUAUUCAAGAUUGAUCCAAAUGACCAAGGUGAAUAUUGA